UCAUUUUCUCUUCAUUGUGAAAAUACAACAAACACACUUGUUUUACAAUACGUGCGUGCAUUAAAGUAUGUUGUAUAGGCAUGUGCACAAACUCUUGUGAGCCGAGAUGAAAUGCGUUGGCUGCAGUAGUGUAUACCGAAUUUCUCUAUUCAUGGAUUGUUUUCCACCAUGCAGAAAAUACCAUGGUUGUACCCGUAUUAUGAAAAAUGUGUGGUUAGUACAUUUUUAGCCCUUAUUCGGAAUCGACGUUGUGAAUUUCUUCUUGUGCACGGCCUGUGUAAAUAAACUAAGAAAACACUUAUGUGUGUGCAUAUUACAUAUAUGUAGUUACAUAUGUACAUAUGCUUCUCUUUUGGAUAAAACGGAUGUGUGUGGGCAUUUUAAUUGCCUUGCUCGCCAUCUCAGCAUUUGGACAACAGUAGCUGUUAUAUCUGUAAAAUAUUUGUACCAAUGAUGAUUAUUGCCAAAAUACGGGAUUGUAAUCAAAAAUUAUAAUGGAAAUUAAUGUGAACAUUAUAAAUUAAAAUUAAUUUAAAAAGUCCAUACAUGAAAGUUUGUAUAUAAAACGAUUAAUAUGAAAGCCCUAUGCAAAUAAUGUAAUCAUAAUAAACUCAACUAUAAAUUCAAAAUGUUACCACAACUACUACCGGAAAAACGGGAAGAUAGCAAGACUGAAAAUUCAUUCACAAGAGGAAAUAUAAAAGACGCCAGCAGCAAAUGGCGACUUUGGUGUCCAUUUCAUCUAUACACUGCGCUUAGCUGGCAAAGUUUGCGAACUUCUCGCCUUACGAAUCGCCGUAUUAUGCCCAAUGUAUAUUUGUUCAUCCUGCUGUUUAUGGUGUUACCCCCACCAAUACUGGCUCAGCAACAGAAGUUCAGAGUAACUCCAUACGAUUUACAAGUAUUAGAAGGAGCGGAAGCUAUGAUGCGCUGCGAAGUGUCCAAUAAAGCAGGCGCUGUGCAAUGGACAAAAGACGGGUUUGCACUAGGGUUCUCAGCUGUUAUUCCUGGGUUUCCACGUUAUUCGGUUUUGGGUGAUCGAAAUCAAGGUGUAUAUAAUCUACGAAUAUCGAAUGCGUCUAUUACUGACGAUGCGGAGUAUCAGUGCCAAGUGGGCCCAGCACGUCUUCACUCAGCCAUACGAGCAAAUGCAAAGUUAACAGUCAUAGCACCACCUGGCUAUAUUGAAAUACAAGGCUAUACUCAGAAUUCGAAAGUAGAGGUAAGGGAAAAUCAAGAUUUAUCAUUGAACUGUGUUGUUGGAAAUGCAAAGCCAGCCGCACAAAUCAUCUGGUUUCGUGGGAACGUGGAAUAUAAAGAAGGUCGCGUUGAUAAAAUUGAAGAGACUUCCUCAAAACGCUACACUACAAAAUCGACAUUAAAUAUAAAACCAAGUGCCGAUGAUGAUUUUAUGGAAUAUACCUGUCAAGCGAAGCAUAAGGCGUUGCCUCCAGAUAUGCCGUUGCGGUCGACCGUUCAGCUUUCCGUUCUCUAUCCACCAGGCCCUCCAUAUAUCGAGGGUUAUACUCAAGGCGAGAUUCUGCGAAGGGGUCAAACAGUAGAAUUGGUGUGUCGGAGUAGAGGUGGAAAUCCACCAGCGCAAUUAAUUUGGUAUAAGAAUGGUUCUCAAAUCCGAAUGGCUUACAGGACUGCCGGACGAUUGUCUGAAAAUAUCUACACCUUUACAGCAGAAGCGAGCGAUAAUAAUGCACGUUUUCGUUGCGAAGCUAGUAACGUAAUGUCACAGAAUCCUUUGAAAGCAGAAAUAGACAUAACUGUACUUUUUGCUCCGACACAUGUAUCUAUUGCGGGACCUACUGAAGCACGUGUGGGAGACGUGGUAUCACUAACAUGUACAACUGCACCGUCCAAUCCACCAGCGGAAAUAAAAUGGAUGGUCGGCGGGCGUCAAAUUCGAAAUGCCACUUCAAAGACAAAUGUCAGCUCUGAAGGUGGAUGGGUUACUGUUUCCAACAUAACUACAACUGUUGAACCCAAUAAAAGAUCUCUUGUAGUAAUUUGUCAUGGACUCAACAUGCAGUUAACAGAGAACGUUGUCUCAACACAUACAGUAAAUAUUUUGUAUCCCCCUUCUUCCCCCAUAAUUUCUGGCUAUAUGGAAGGACAAAUUAUACCGGCCGGUUCUGUGCAAAAACUACUUUGUGUCUCUUCAGGUGGAAACCCCUUAGCUACCCUCACUUGGUACAAGAACGAUAAGAGAGUUAACUCCGUGAUACGAACAGCUGAUAAGUCUGUCUCUGCUGAAAUAACGAUUUUAGCGAAUGUAACAGAUAACCAAGCGCAAUAUCGCUGCGAGGCAUCCAAUAGUGCUACUGAGAUUCCCCUUUUCGAAAGCACUAUUUUAAGCGUUCAUUUUGCGCCAGAAAUUGUUAAAAUUCGCGUUGAACCUGAAGUUCUAAAACCUGGUAUGGAAGUUGCUAUAAUUUGUGAUUCGAGUUCAAGCAAUCCGCCAGCAAAACUCACUUGGUGGAAGGAUGGUAUUCCAAUCGAUGGCAUAAAUAAUUCGUCCAAACCAGGAUUAUGGGGAGGCACGGUCUCGACCCUGGCAUUCAAAGUGAACGUUUCUCAGGAAAUGAAUGGUGUGGUUUAUACAUGUCAGAGUGCCAACGAAGCACUACAACGCAGUGUACAUGAAGCAGUUAACUUAAACAUAUUAUAUCCACCAGUGUUUCUACCACCACCAUCAUCAACUGCUGUAGGAGUUGAAGGAGAAUCUUUACAAGUCUCCCUAAGCGCUACAGCUAAUCCAGCGACAGUUUUAUAUAGUUGGACAAAGGAUGGAUUACCAGUACCUUCAACUUCCAUUAGCAAUGGUCGUGCAGAGCAUCGUAUAUACGCAGACGGAGCUAAUCUUAACUUCACAAAACUGAAUCGAAAUGACGCUGGAAUUUAUGUAUGUGAAGCCAGUAAUUCAGAAGGCUCUGCAAAGCUCAAUAUUACUAUUGUAGUAGAAUAUGGUACUACCAUUAAAGCUAUAUCAGAAAACAUUGUAGUAAAUCCUGGCGAAGAUGCGAUGCUAUCAUGUACAGUAGAAGGGAAACCAUUAACCGAGGAGCACAUUAAAUGGGAGAGAGUUGCUUAUGAUAUGACAGUGAAAACUACGACUUCGUUUGUGAAUAAUACUUCAUAUCUUCACAUAAAAGACGCACGCCGGGAGGAUGUUGGUAACUUUCGCUGUAUUGCAGACAAUCGUGUUGCUAAUCCCACAAAUCGUGAUGUUCUUCUAAUUGUCAAAUUUCCACCCGAAAUCGAUAAAUCGCCAACAUUAUUACGUGCAGCAAGUGGAACUGGAGAACGUGGACGUUUGCCUUGUCGAGCCCAAGCUUCUCCACAACCAAAAUUCACCUGGCGUCAGGAAGGAAAGGAUUUGCAAAUGAAUCGUACAUAUAAGUAUGAAGUUGAUGAAAAGAAAAUCGAUUCACUAACCUAUGAAUCUACGUUGAUAAUUGAAAAAGUCGCUCCAGCUGAUUAUGGAGCUUAUGAAUGUGUCGCAACGAAUGAACUAGGCCAAACUACGGAAUUAAUUCGAUUGGAUAUCACCUCCCAGCCAGAUACGCCACUUAGUUUGAACAUAUUGAAUAUCACACAUGAUAGUGUUUCUUUAGCAUGGACACCGGGAUUUGACGGAGGAUUAAAAGCUUCCUACAGAGUUCGAUACAGAGAGGCGAACCGAGAACAAUACAAAUAUAUCGACAGCUUACCAAAUAGCCACAAGUUGACCAUCAGUGGUUUAAAAACCAACACACUGUACUUAUUUUCGGUGAUGGCAUUCAAUGAUUUGGGUAACAGUAAAUAUUUACCCGAUUUACAACGUGCACAAACCAAAGAAGCUCCACCACCUUCGCAACCAGCCUCAUCGUUAGGAGGUCCACCGACGACUACCUCAACACCAUUGGGAGGAACUUCUGGUUUACUUCUUUUAGUAGGCGUCGUUUCAGGUGUCACGGUAGUUUUAUUAAAUGUUUUCAUUAUCGGAUGUUGCCUGCACAAACGAAACCAAAAACGACUUAAGCGAGGAUUGGAAAUAUCAACUGAAGAAUUAACUGAAGAUUCAAGUACUCCCAGUCUUGUUAUAUUGGGAAUAUCAAUGUCAGCGUUUGGAUUUUUGAUAGUCAAUGCUGCUUUAGUCGCUUGGUUCUUUGUUCACAAUCGACGCAAGAAAGCUGAGAAUGAUAACCAACCAGGCAAAACAGCAACAAUCGAAAUGUAUGCGCCAAGUUCCUAUAACGAUACAGUUACCGGUGAAACAUUAUCAAGUGUUUCCGAAAAGAGUGAAUCAUACUCAAAUGAUGGCAGUCAAAUUGAAUAUACAGAUGAGGCACGAAAAAAGGCAGCUUCGACAUAUUUGGUAGAAAGCAGCGAUAUGCCACCUCCUCGUUAUCAGAAAGAUGGUACUAUGCCGAUAGUCUAUCCAAGUAACAUAGUCAAUGCUCGAACAUUACCACAUCCCCGGCACCACAGUAAUGUCACAAAUAUAUUAGAUCACCGAGCACACGAUGAUCAAAUCCUUAUAAACAAAGGCGUCUACAUUCCGUCCCCUUCGCCAGCGCCGCCACCUGAUGGUUCAUAUUAUAAUAUGAAUAGUGACAGAUAUCUUUCAUAUCCGCCUAUGGAUUAUCCUCCUCAACUAGAUUUUGCAUCGCCUCCAUUACCAAUGGCACAUCUUCAACCGAUUACGCAGGCAUCUAUAAUAAGUGGUAAUGCCAUCAUUGGCAGUGGAAGCGGUACCCUUCGUAGAGGCAUUAUGCGUGGAGUUGUGGGAAUGCCGCCUCCCGAUGUUACUCAACUAACGAAUACUAGUUUGACUGGUGCUAGCAACAUCCAAUUGCUUCACGAACUGCAUCCAAUAAAUAUUUCAAAUAAUUCAUGCUCCACACAAACCACAAGCAUUACAGGUAACGGGAGUAUGAUGUCAACGAUUCCAAGCAGCACCUCCAAACAGCCUCAAAGUAUACUUAAGGAUCCAAAUAGGUCUAAACCACAGCAACAGCUAUUAAGUGCGAAUCUAGUUGGUGUGGGUGUACCCACAGCUUCAGGUAGUCUUCAAAUUCUCAAUAUUCCCACAUCUGCUGGUAUUAGUGGUAAUCUUUUGAUGACCGCGAGCGGGACAUAUGAUCCGGCAAACCUUAGUACUUUCAAUGCUGCUACUGGUACAACAUUGGCAUACACCGAUGCCGAUGGGCAUUUAGUAUAGCUGUAGGAGCGCACGGGAUUACCGAUGGAAAAUACGCUAGCCGUAAUUGAUGACCCUUCGGCUCCCUCUGUUGUCAGGUCCAACACUACACGUUACUGACAAAGAAAUACUCGUACAAUUGCACAGGUCAAAGUGAGAAGAUAUUGCAGAAAAUAGAAUAAUUAGGCAAGAGAAAAAGAUACUGAGUUUAACAAUAAGAUUAGAUUUAAGUUCAUUUAAUCAAAUAGCCUAAAUUAGUACUUACCAACGUAAAAGACCUGAUGCUGGAAAGGUUGCAUUAAAAUAAUUAUAAGUAUAUAACAAGUACCCAACCAAAUAUAAUCACCAUUGUUUGAACUUUCCCGAUAGCCAUAAACAAUUACUACGUGCAGACACCAUAGAAAAUUGUAAGGUUUGCUAAAGGGGCUCACUUAUGAAUUAGUGAUUAUCGUUCUUUAUACUCUCACAACAUGUUACACCGAGUGUAACAGUUUUUAUUACCAAACGGUUGUUUGUAAUUAAUCGAGAGAGAGUCGAUUUAAAUUCAGGACGUCCGUGUAUCCGUGCAUGCGAUAACUUGAGUGAAAAUGAAAAAAAUUGCAGAUUAGCAAAAUCGGAGCACUGUCACGCCCACAAAGUGCCUUUAAACAAUAUAAUAUAAAGUUCUGUAACUAAGUUAUAAAUGAAUCUAUAUCAGGUUGUAAAAUAAUUUGGUCGUUUGAUAAGAAAAACACAAUUUUAUUAUUCAAAAUACACUUUACUAUUCAGUAUAAUCUCGCUGAACAUUAAUACACUUUCUUCAACGAUCCUCCAAUCUGUGGAUCCCAUCCCUGAUGUGAGAAUCCGGAAGGUCUGCAAAAUACGCUUAAACAGCCGUUGUGACCUCUUCAUUUGAUGAAAAACGCUUGCCACGUAUACAUUUUUUGAUUCCUGAAACAAAUGGAAGUCGCUGGGGGCCAAAUCUGGUGAAUACGGUAGAUGCUCCAUCAAUUCGAACUUUAAUUUAUGGAAUUUAGCCAUUGUCAAAAUGCUCUUGUGACACGGUGCAUUGUCCUGGUGAAAAAGGAUUUUUUCUUCUGCAAACCGGGUCUUUUUUCACGAUUUUUUUCUUCAACUGGUCCAAAAGGUUGUAAUAAUAUUCAAAAUUAAUUGUUUUACCAGUUUGCAAGUAAUCCGCAAACCAAAUUCCUCUCGCAUCCCAAAAAUCUGAUGCAAUAACCGUCUUGGCCGAUUCCCGGACACGAACUCGUUUCGAAGCCGAGCAACUAGGUGCACACCACUCUUCACAGCUUUCUAAAACCCAAAAUUUCAAUUAAAAUAUGGCUCACACUGCCUAAUAAGAUGUGUACUCUCAAUCUCUCUCAGUCAAUCGACGAUCUUCCAAAAUCAUAUCCUGUUUUUGGCUAUGAUUUCUGGUGUUGAUGUGCUUUUUAGACGUCCUUCACGUGAAUCGUCUUCAAAGCUUGUACAGUCACGUUUAAAUUCAGCAAUCCAUCUUUCUACGGUUCUAAUUGUAGAUGAACAAUCAUUAUACACUUUUAAUAUUCGUUCGUGAAUUUAUUUUCGUGCUACACCUUCCAAAAAUAAGAAUUUUAUCACUUCACGAUAUUCAAUUUUAUCCAUUGUAAAAAAAUACGGUGACACGGUGCGACUAAAUGGCUUGUAAACUAAGAAUGAAUUGACAGAUUGAAAUGGAUCUUAACUUACGUUCAUAUGAAAAGUGUACCAACAAAUUGUGGCCUAAUAGCAACGCCCUCUCUUAUCGAACGAUAAAUUGAUUGAACAACCUGGGACAUAUUUUGAAAACCGCUAAAGUACGUUAGUUCGCUAAAGAUUUUGCAGUUCGAAUUGUAUGAAAUGGAUGUAUCUAAAUUAGUAUACAAAGUAGACUGUAGGUGUGGCACCACCUUCUUUUUUUCCCAGAAACAACUCAACCAAAUUUUAAUCAAAUUAAAUACCAUUACCUUUGCAUAUUCCGUUACAGUUUAAAAAUGAAAGAAAUCAGAAUACAACCACAGCUACUUUCUAUAUAACACAAUUUUAAUCUUUUUCGCUUACUGUGCAAUAAAUAAAUCAACCACCAAUGAAAAUAUUGAAAUCAAACUUUGUACAAUUAGUGCUUUUAAGGGUUGGUAUCUAUUUGAGUAUGCAGAAAAUAAGUUCAAAAUUUGUACGUAGUUUUUCUACUGCUAUUGAUGAAGUUCGAAGCGUAUACAUAUGUAUAUAAAUCAAGUACCUCUUUCUUCAUAAAAGCUACUAAACAUUUUUAACACAUUCCGUCCGUCGAAAAAUCAACGUAGCAUGCCCAAUGCAUAUGUUGACGUAAUUGUUUUAAUGUCAAAAUUAAAUGCAAUUCCGGGCUCGGUUCAAUAUUUCAUUGACAUUAGGCGGACACCUUUUCUUAACCAUAAUGUAGAUUGGCGAUGUCAUUGAAAUCAGCUUAAAACUUGGUCUAAGGGCAAAACCCUGUUAUAACUAUUCCCAUCACUCUUUGUCUCCAAAUGUAGUCAAUUUAUGUGAGUUGUAUGUCUUAGUGGAAGAGUUUUAACAAAAUGUUAGGAUGGGUCAAAAAAGCGAAUGUUGAUAGACAUAGAAGUGCUAUCCAAGUAUGAGCUCUUAAUUAUAACGGGAAUGUCCUCCGCCUAAUGGUUUUCUAUUAUUUAUUAUUAUCAGUUUGAAAAAUUUGUGUCGGGUUACACUUAAACUACCGAAGUUUAAAAUGCCGACACAUCAAAAUACCGACAAAAUUUAAAUAUGCAGCUAAAUCAAAAUGUCGGUUGUCAGAAUUCUAAAUUUCGAGAUCCUAAGUAAUCCUAACAGAGAAUAAAAUAAGAAAACUAAUUGUUGUAUUAUGUAUACGUGAAUUUGAUGGAGAGGUUGCGAGUCACAUAAAGGUAUGUGCACCCAAAUGUGUGUACUUAGGAAUAUAUGAUGAUGUAGACAUAAUAAGCACAUUUCAAUCUUUCAAGGGGCCUGAAAGCUCUAAACAUGCAUAUGUAUGUGCAAAUAAUACUGAAAAAAACUUUUCUGAUGGCUUGAAAACUUUCAUUAAAUAAGUAAUGCGCAUUAAAAGUAUGGUAUCCUGCAAGUGUCUUUAAACAGCAAUCACUGUGAAUGGUAAUUUCAGGCAUUCUCAAGAAAAUUAAAGAAAAAUAUAGUUACAAAGUCUAUGCAAUGAAUUUUCAUUAACUAUAGAAUAUACUAAACUCAAAAAAGUUAAUUAAAGUAUAAUGUGAAGAUCUUUUGUUGCAUCAAUUUUAAAAAAUGUAGCCUCAUGUAAAAAUUUUAGUAUAAUUGUGAGAGCACGUGUAUGUAAGCAUGCAAAAAUGACAAUAAUACACUAUUUUUUUGAUAAUUUCUUCUACAGAUAAUUUGACACAAUUCUGUAUCUAUAGGCUUUUAAAUAGUUUUUUGUUAUCUUAUUUAAUUCCAUAACAUCUCUAAAAUAUUGUCCUGAAUUCUCAAGUUGAGUCGAGUAAUAGUUUUUCUCGCAACUGAGUUUCCAAAGUCGGUUGACAAGAUUCCUCGCGAACUUCUCAACCGAUCUUAAUGAAAUUAGAUUUGGUGGGUCAAAAAAGCGAAUACUUUUUUCCGUUUGGUACUCUGGAAAGCCGUUCUUAGGCUCCCUUACGAAAAUCUCUCCAAGCAUGAACUCUUAAUCGCAACGGGAAGGUCCAACGCCUUAAAGUUUCUGUUAUUUUUCUUAUUAUCUGAUAGAAAAAUUCAAAUCCAGCUUCCAACUGCUUAAAACAUAUCUCGUUUAAUAACGAAUUUUUCAUAAACCUAAUUGUUUAAAAGACAUUAACGGUUGAAGUUUGAUUAUUUUAAGACAAAUUUCUUUUUUUCUCUGAAAAAAGCCUUUAUAAUUUUUCGAAUAAGUUAAGCGUUCAGGAGAUAUCCUUCGUACAAAGUCAACGACAAAAAAAUAAAAAAAGAAAUAAAAAUAAGAAGCCAUUUUUGUUGAGCAGAAAAUUUUCUCCUAAACUGAUAUUUUUCCAAUUUAAAAUUUUUUUUUCACUGAUUUAUUAAAUUUAUUCCUUAAAAUAAUCAAACUAAACCCUUAAUAUCUUUUAAACGGUUAGGCUUUUAUAUAUAAAAAAAAUUGUUAGAGACGAUUAUGUAGAGCAUUUAAAUUCCUAUAAAAUCUAUGAAACGAGAUUGAAUCAAGUAAAUAGAAGCUAGAUUCUUCAGAGCUGUCAAAAAACCUAUUUUUCAGAGUACCAAGCGAAAAAUUGUUUUUUUUUUAACCCACCCGAGUGUGCAUGUACUCUUUAGAUGACAAUAUUUAUGUGGUCGAACUAUAGAACGCAUUUACAAUGUGCAUCAAAUGUAUUUUCAUUAAAAGUGAAGGUAAAAAUAAUCUAACGUAAUAUAUAAUAUAUUGGUUUGGUACUUGUUAAAUAUUUGACUAUAAUACAUACAAACCUUUAGACGUAAAGCAAUUUAAGGAGAAAACGGAAAUUUGCCAAAAGCCGACUGAAGUUUAAUCAUAUUAUGACUAACUAAAUAAACAAAAAAUGUUGAUUAAAAUUUAAACAAUUAGUACAUUUUUGUAUAUAAUAUUUAAAAAUUCUGUACAAUUUUCGUAUAACCGAAAUAUGAAUAUAAAGAACUUGAAUUACUUAUAGAACAAAAUUUUGCAAAUUUAAAUAGAUGACGAAUCAUGUUAAUUAAUAAUUAGGAUAUUUGUAUAUUAAGAAUCCGUUUAAAAAAAUUUCCAUUCAUAUUUAUUAAGUAUACUUACAUUUGUUAAGAUCUGCAUUUAUAAUUCGUAUCAUAAAUUAAUUUGGAGUAAAUAAUGUGGGACCAGUUUUUAUUACAACCUUUUGGAAAGAACAGUCUGACACACCGAUCGAUCAAUCCACACUCAAGUUUGAUGGCAGCGGAAUAAAUAUAACUAUAUUUGUACAUUCAUAUAUUGAGUAGUUAUGUAGUAGGAAUUAAAUUUUUUAUAAAAUCUUUAAAUUGGCGUAAGAUUAUUAUUAUUUAUCUAUCUUGUAUGUAUCACCCAAAUGCGUAGAUCUCUUGUUUUAAAUAUGCAGACUUAAACUUACGUGAAAAAAUUAAUUCUUAUCGAACAAAGCAGAUUUAAGGUCCCUCAGCUUAUAUUUGGUAAUUUUUAAUUUUUCCUACACAUGUAUUUUUAAACAUUGCCAUAGUUGUAAGUUAGAGUAAUAUUGAAAAAGGUAUCGGUAAUCGUUGCUUAUGUCUUCCCGUCUAAAUUACCAAACAGCAGACGUAAACUCAUUCAUUAAGAAAUCAUGCAAACAUUUUAUAGUAAUAUUAAUAAUGAAAAUAAUAGUGAAAGUAACAACUAUUAAGUCAGUGUGAAAAGUUUCAAUUAAACCUCUGUUAAAUAAAUGUUCUUAUUAAAUUAUAUUUAUAUACAAAUUAAAUAUAUAUUUACAUACAAUAUAAUAGUUUGGAAAGGAAGAAGAAACCGUUAUAAUUAUUUCAUGCUAGGUCAUAAAGUUUUGUUCAUAGUAAUCUAAAUUCUAUCAUUUCUAAAUUAUUCCUCUAUACCAUAUAUGUAUAUAGCAACGAGAUGGUCAUACACUAUUUUAGUAAGAACUGAUUUCUUAAACAAACAAAUAAACUUUAAGAAGGACUUUUAAAAAUUUUAAAAUCCAUUUUUUCCCCCUUCAACCUGUUAGCAGAAAUCGAAAUAUAUUUGCUAAACGCAAUUUUACACAUGUAAAUCAAAACUUAUACCCAUGCAUUUCUUUUUCUAAAUGUAUUUUUUUGAGCUUUCGAUAACUGAUAUAAUGCGAAACUAAAAGUUUUUUAUAUUGAUACUCAUAAUGUAGUAAUCGGAGGUAUUCAAUUUUAUUCAACCCAAAGAGUAGAAAGUUUGUGGCGAAAUUUGAAGCAAGUUCUUACCUUCAAUAUCGAUAUAUACAUACGAACAUGUGUAUAUAGUACAUACGUGUAAAAGUAGAUUACAUAAUUUGCAACGAGAUAUGGUACGAAUCGAGUACCACUACGCUAGCUAUAAUUAAUCAUCGCUAAAUACUACCUGUCAUCAAGGCUGAGAAACCCAUUGAAAUUGCUUAAUUAACAAUUACAAAUUGCCUAUUUUACGAAUAAAUUACAUAAGCAACGGUGUUUUAAAAACAACGUAGCUAUAUUGCACUACAAGUGUAUCUCACACAGAGUAGAUAGCGUAGUGGUAUUACAUAACUUGGUUCAACGAAAUAGUGUACGAAUGCCCAUUACAUGUUUUAAAUGGAGUAACACAGAUUUUCAAUCAUACAUACUCUUAAAUAAACUAAUAUUAUAAUUUUCUGUUUUUAAUACAUUAACAUAUAUACAUAAAUGAAAUAAUUUUUAUCUCUUUCGAUCCUGUUAUCUACUAGAUAAAAAUUAAAGAUUGCAUUAAACACAAUAUAAAGUUAAACAUAAAUCUCAAGAAUAAUAUUAUAUAAAACAAUGAGCUAAAAAACGAAUUAAGAAUAAGUAAUAUGUAAAGAUUUUUAUUAUUAAAAUUGCCAAAGAGUUUUUAAAAAAGUUUCUUAGGUAAUUGUAUAUUCGCAAUUUAAAACAUAAAACUAAAAAUUUUACUAAGAAAUUAAGUUUCACGAAAGUCAUUAAACAAAUAUAAAUAAGAACACAUAUGUACAUUUGUAAGUAUAAAUAAAUACAAACAUUUAUGAUACGUGUAUGAAAAAACAUUCUUAUCAAUAUGUAUGGAAAUGUGCUAUAGUUUUUAAAUAAAAUUACAUAAAUACAAAAUA